UCAUCAUUGGCAUGAAUCAACAGAAAAACAAAACAAAAUUCCGACUAAAGUGACAAGUCGCAACAACAAAAAGCAUUGAAUUUUUACAAAGAAUAGCAAAAAAACGAAAAUGAUGAAUUCAACAGCAGCUUUAGAUCAAUUAUUUCAUGGUUUUGGAAGACAAAUUACAUUUGUACCUUGUAUCGAUUGGAAUGGACCGCAUCAUAUAUUUUUACAAUUGGCAAAUUUUUUUCUCUUUAUUGGUUUAUUUUUUGGUUCAAUCAAAAUUUAUUCGAUAAUAUUUUUACGUUCAAUGAUAUUGGUUGGAAAUCUGCUGACAAUAUUAUGGACAUGGUUAGUUUCAUGUUCAACUGAUCUGUUAUUAUGGAAUUUGAUAUUUGCCUUCUUGAAUUUUAUUCAUAUUAUUAUCUUAUUUUUUAAACUUCAUCCAUUUAUCAGAUUUCCACAUGAAGUUGAAAUGUCAUAUAGAAAUCUAUUUCGACCACUUGGUGUAUCACGUUAUGAUUUUCAACGUCUUUAUUCAUUAACACGUGGUAUUCAAACAUUGAAACCAAAAGAUAUUUAUUCGGUUGAAAAUGAAACAUUAUUAGAUCGAUUGUCAUUAUUAUUAACCGGUCGUAUUUCCGUAAUACAUAAUGGUUAUACAUGUUCGAUUAUUGAUUCAUAUCAAUUUUUGGAAUCACCUGAAUGGUUUGGUAUGAAUCAAACUGAUCGUUAUCAAGUAUCAUUCGUCGCAUUGGAAGAAUCACAAUUAUUAGUUUGGAAUCGUGAUAAACUUAAACUAUCAAUCAGUUCGGAUCGUUAUCUGCAAACAAUUCUCGAUCAUAUUCUUGGAAAAGAUAUUGUUAAAAAAUUAAUGCUAUCAUUAGAUAUUGAUCUGGUUGGUCAGUUUAAUGAUCGAUUUUCAAAUAAUAAUCAUCAUCAACAAUCGGAAAAAACAAAACUAAUGCAACCAUCUCCAUCAGGUUUUUCACAUCCACAUCUUCGUAAUAGUAAUCAUCAAAUUUUACCAUUAAAUAAUAUGAAAAAUUCAUCACAAUGUUUUUGGAAUCUAUCGACAUUGUCACCAACGAAUGUUGUUGUUUGUAAUAACGAAUCUUCCGCUACUGCAAAUGAAUCAAUUUUAUCACAAUUAGCUGCUAAUCAUCCAAAUAACAAUUAUCAUCACCCACAGGAAACAACUUUAUAAACUAAGGAAAAAAUUUUUGAUUUUAUUUCAACAAUUUCUAUGAUAAUCACAGAUAAUAUUUAAAAAUUGAUUCAAACGUUUCGAUAUGCUGAAAUGGAGUAAAUCUUGGCAGGCAAAUAUAAUCAACAGGAUUAAUAUUUGGAUUUUUUCCAUUUUUUUACCUUGUUGGAAAAAAUGGAAAAAUUAACAUCAUUCAACG